GGGUGCGGGGCAGCUAAUAGGGAGGGGGCAGCUGGUCUCCCCCAUAUAACGGUCCCCUACAUACCCCAUGAUCCCACAAAUUAAGAGCCCGAAAUUCCACCUUGACCCCAAUAUAACCCUCAAUUUCUCAGUGGCCCCGAAAUUGAACCCCCAAAAUCCCAAGAGCCCCCAAACAACCCAUUUCCUGAGUUUCCCUCAAUUUGAUCUCCAUGUCCCCAAAUUAAGAGACCCCAAAACCCCAGUGCCCCCCAAAUUCAGAGCCCCAAAUACCACAGUGCCCCCCCAUAUAAGGACCCCCAAUUUCCCCAAAGUUGAGCCCCAUGGCCCCCCAUAUUGAGACCCCCAAAUGCCCCCAAAACCUCACUGCCCUCCAAAGUAAGAGACACAAAUACAACAGUGGCCUCCAUAUAAGGAACCCCAAUUUCUCAGUGCUUCCCCAAAUUGAGACCCCCUUUAUGAGCCCCUCGGAUGCCCAAUUACUUCCUCAACUUAAGACCCCUCCAAACUCCUUAGCGUCCCUCCACUGCCUCAGUGGCUCCCCACAAAUGUGGGGUUUUUUGUGGUUCCCCAAAUAAGUUCCCGAAUGCUCCACCAUCCCCCCGAUUUCCCCUGAUCCCCAAACAAGGCCCCACUGCCCCCUCCAAAGACAGACCUCUGCAGUGUCCCCCAAAAUCCCAGUAUCCCCCAAAUGCUGAGGCCCCCUCAAUGCCUCUGUGCUCACCCCCAAUGUGGAACCGCCCCCGGUACCCUCGGUAACGGGUGUCGGCCAAUGGGGGCCAGCGGAACACUGGGGUGAUGUUGGCGGAACCCUGGAGUCGGGGGGCGAUUCUGGUCACCGGGUCGGGGGACGGAGUGAAGCAGAGGGGCGACUCUCUGGCACUGGACGCACAGAGCCCCGCAGUCCCCUCGGAGGGGCGAGAGGCUGCCAUGGUGGAGACGGCCCCCUCAGCCCCCUACCCAUCCGUCAUGGACCAAUAUGGCUACCAGCUGGGCAAGGUCAUUGGCCAUGGCUCCUACGGCACGGUCUACGAAGCCUAUUUCACCAAGCAGAAGGCCAAGGUGGCCAUCAAAAUCAUCUCCAAGAAGAAGGCGUCCGAGGACUAUCUCAACAAAUUUCUGCCCCGCGAGAUCCAGGUGAUGAAGGGCCUGCACCACAAGUACCUGAUCACCUUCUACCAGGCCAUCGAGACCACCUCGCGCCAUUACAUCAUCAUGGAGCUGGCGCCCGGCGGCGACAUCCUGGAGUGGGUCCAGAACUCGGGGCCCUGCGCCGAGCCCCUGGCCGGCCGCUGGUUCGCGCAGCUCACCCUGGGCGUGGCCUAUCUGCACAGCAAGGGCAUCGUGCACCGGGACCUGAAGCUGGAGAACCUGCUGCUGGAUAAGCGAGAGAACAUGAAGAUCUCGGACUUUGGCUUCUCCAAGCAGCUGGUGUCGCAGACCCAGCCGCCCGCCAGCCCCUCGUACCCGCUGCUGGCGGGCGCCAGCCCCCUAAGCCAGACCUACUGCGGCAGCUUCGCCUACGCCUGCCCCGAGAUCCUGCUGGGGCUGCCCUACAACCCCUUCCUGGCCGACACCUGGAGCAUGGGCGUGAUCCUCUACACGCUGGCCGUGGCCCACCUGCCCUUCGACGACACCAACCUGAAGCGCCUGCUGCGGGAGACCCAGAAGGAGGUGGUCUUCCCCCCGCAGCCGCCCGUCUCCGAGGCCUGCAAGGACCUUGUGCACCGGCUGCUGUGCCCGGCACCCCGGCGCCCCACGGUGCUGGACCUGCUGCAGAUGCCAUGGGUCCUGCGUUUCCAGAGCGAGCGGCCCCACACUGAGCUGCGGGCGCUGGAGGCGGCCUGGGGUGUGCGGGCCGAGGGGGGGCGGGUGCUGCCUAGGACCCCCUCCCUGCCCCUUCCCGGUGAGAAGAAGCGGGAGGGCAGCGGGACCCAGCCAAAGGUGGUGGAGCUGGCGGAGAAGGGAAGCUGAA